AUGGAAGACGACGAUUUCCAGAUGACAUCGCCGGAGAGCGGAGUGCGUCUGUCGAUUAACAUGCGUGAACGAUGCCGAAUGCACGACCUCAACGAGGCGUUGGACGAUCUCCGUGCCGUCCUACCGUAUGCCCGAGGAGGCUCAGUACGUGGAGUAUUAACGGUCAGAGCGAUUGUGACUUUUCUCCAAAUGUUGUUGAGAGAAAUAUUUUCGGUUCACAUUGACAUGGGUGUAAAAGGUAGUGGCCCGAAGACGGUGUUGUUUGUUCGAAUAGGUAUCUUGAAAUUGCUGGUUACUCUGACGGAUAAAAACUCUGACAAAAGCUGA